AUGGCGACUCGCCUUCUGCUGUCGCUGCUGCUCUUGCUGGCCGUGUCGACGGUCAGAGGAGCAGCAGCCGCCGCCGGGGGUUCUCCUUCUUGGUGCGUCUGCCGGCCGGACGCGUCCGACGAGGCGCUCCAGAGCACGCUCGACUACGCGUGCGGGAACGGCGCCGACUGCGCCCCGCUGCACGCCGGCGCGCAGUGCCACAGCCCCGACACGCUAGUCGCGCACUGCUCCUACGCCGCCAACAGCUACUUCCACAGGAUCAGCCAGACCGACGACGACGCCACCUGCGACUUCGGCGGCGCCGCCACGCUCUCCGAGACCGACCCCAGCUCGGAAACUUGCACGUACCCGGCAACUGCAGCGCCAUCAAUUACGGACGACAGCACUACGGCAGCAAGCCCGCCGGCGGCGUCAUGGUGCGUGUGCAAGCCGGGAUUGUCCGACGCGGCGCUGCAGGGGACGCUGGACUACGCGUGCGGCCACGGCGCCGACUGCAACGCGCUGCGCCCAGGAGGGCAGUGCCACGAUCCGGACACGCUGCUCGCGCACUGCUCGUACGCCGCCAACAGCUACUUCCAGUCCAGCAAGGACGCCGCCUGCGACUUCGCCGGCACCGCCGCCCUUUCGUCCACCGAUCCAAGCUCCGGAACCUGCAAAUACACCGCUAGGAUUCCGGAAGUAGGGAAGAUGCCACUCUGGUUCUUUGCUAUCGCUUUGACGGUACUCGUUCUCUACAUCCUACUAUUAUGCAUCGCGGAGCGCCCGUCUGGGUCCUCCAGGCCAGCUACGGUUUCAGGCGGCGCACGCGUGCGGGAGGAAACCGGCGGCGGCGGCAGAGAGACCCGUCACGAGCAAUCCUCCACGCGAGCUACGGUUUCAGGCGGCGCGCGCGUGCGGGAGGAAACCGGCACAUCGGCGGCGGCGGCGGCGGAGAGACUCCUCGCGACCACUUGCACCGUGUGUCUUGAGGCCUGUACCAACCAAGGCCUGCACCGCGUCAGGUGA